CAAUGCGAUCAAUCGAAUAUGAAGGCUGGUGGAGAUGGAGCCCGCUGAGAUAAAUCGCCCAAAGCACGUCUUGGCGAUGCAAAUUUUCCCACCUCUCAUUCGUUGAAAGCCAAACCCCACUUUCCCGAUUAUUUCAUCAUCGUCUUCUCCCUUUGUACCCGCGGCUUCUCAGUGAUUGCCGACAGGACUCCUUCCCCUUUCUCUCCCUGUCUCCCUCUCGCACGAUCCAAGAUGCCCCGAGGAGCGCAACCACCCAUUCAAGAAGCGUCGCCACCCGCGAACGUGCGCGCCAACAUGCGCAGGACCGACAAGGGCGCCGCGACGGGCGCCUUUGCCUCGGGUGCCUACCGCGAGGGCAGCGGCGUCCCGGCUGCCGUCGAGAGCGAUGCCGACGACGACGACGAUGACGACGACGAACAGCAGCACAGGGGUCGAGGCCGCGCGACGAGGGACAAGGGCGACACGAUUGGUGCGCUGCCCUCCGAGGCAGCGGCCACGGCCGCAGUCAAGUCCUCGUCGACGUCGAGAGAGCCUUCGUCGAUCACGCCUCAGGGUGGGGGUGCUCGGGCGCGCAACUCGAGCAGGAGCAGGAGCGGCGUUGACGACGCCGCCAGCGUCAGCCCCAGCAGGAGCAGGAGCUCUUCGCGCACCCAGACGACGCCCAAGGAGAGGGGAGAGAGCCUUACCAGGAGGCUUUCCUUUGGCCUGGGCAGACGCCUCGGCGGUAGCAACGCCUCGCAGAGCCAGAGUUUCGAGCGGUCCGCUACGCAAGAGACGGACGGAGACAGCCUCCGAUCAGGAAACGGCGCCAGUACGACAUCUGAAGCUGGCGUUGCGGCUGCUGCUGCUGCCCGGCAGAAGAGUGAGUCUCUUGUCAUGCCAUGUCUCGAUUGCGCGUCCAGGGAACGUGUGUCAGAGAGAGAAAGGGAGAAAGGGAAUACGUAUAGGAAGGAGGGACGGUGCGGGGGCUCGCAUGGCUCAACAGUGGUAAAAUGCAGGUACGGCAGUGGCUGGUUCUUUGAUGGUACAGGAAGAUCAGCUUCCGUCAAUCAUUUCUAUCGCCGAGCUCGAGCUGGCCAGAGAUAAGGAAGCUGCCGGAGGCUAGGCAGAGGCCCCGGGCAGGCACAAGAGCGGUGACGCGAAACUCUGCGAUGGGGUCAGAAGAGCCUCCACGUGGCUUGCCAAGCCUCAAGAGCCUCGAUUCUUUUAAUUUCCAAGAGCCUCCUUAUCUUUGACAGUCAG